ACAAUUUAGAAUUCUGCAACAGGCGUGAGCGGGUUAUUUGGUACAUGAUAAAGUGGAAGUUAAAUUUACAUUACUAUUCUUUAUGAUUAACGCAUGUCUUCUACACUUUAUUGUGACCAUUAUUAUAAUUGUUAAGCAAAAAAUAAUAAUUUCUCGUAAUUCUUAAGUUAAAUAUAAAUAUUACUUUAGUUAUCACUACAGUUUAGUCUUUAGUUUAGACCACAUACACGACGUGUGCUGUUGGUAAUGUGAAUGUGCACUCGAACGAAGUGAUGCCUAUGGAGAAAGAAAGCUUUCUUAAAAAUUAAAGGUUACUUUUAUAACAUAAGAAAUACGGUAAGAUUAAUUUUAUUUAUCGUUUUAAAGUUCGUAAUUUUGCUCGGACAUUUUGUGAAGUAGUGAAGAAACGUAAUAUAUACUACCACUUUAGAAUAGAUACAACUUAAUUUCCCUCCAAAAUUCAAGUCGGAAAAUGCCGCUGUUGGGAAAACAACCAUUUGUGAGAAAGAAGACACCGCCUGAUGUGAAGCCUCAAGAACAGUUAUUUUAUUUUAAAUUGACUCAUGAAGUUUUCAGGGAUUAUGAGGCUUUCUUCGAGCGAGUAAUAUUAUGCAAUAGCUUGGUCUGGACCUGCUCUUUGACUGGACGUCCUGGGCUUACUUAUCAAGAAGCAUUAGACUCUGAAGCACAAGCAAAAAAAACACUUUGUGUCUUUCCUACAUGCUUAAAACGGCCUGUUCUCUAUUUGGCUUCCCUUACCAAAAGAGGUAGACUGGCAGAUCUCUGUGAUGAUGUUUUUACUUUUGCACGUGACCGUUUAUUCAUUGGAGAAGAAGUUGAAGCAUUUAUCAACAAUACUAGGAAACCUGCCAAGGUGACCAAUGUUAUCCCACCAGUAGUAAAAGAAAAGGCUGAAAAUAAGCAAGUUAUGGGGGCCAGUCUAGCACAUGAUAAAAGCAAAGGCAUGGGACCUGAUCCAGCAAAGUAUUCUUACGAAGUAUGCGAAAUAGACAAGCCGAACGGAUCCAAAUAUAUAGUUCCAGCUGGGGCAGUUAAUCGAAAAAAAGGCUCUUAUACCCGAGAUAAAAGUAAACUAUUUUUGAAGCAGUGUGUGCUGCCCUGUGAUGGAAUAUGGAUAGUUAAAGAAAGCCUGAAGAUCAAACAUAAAAUUGAUGACAUGAAAUUUACAGACAUCUCUAAUGGAUCAUUGCCAUUAUUCUGCAGUACUCCUAAGAAAAAAACUUGGUUCCUUAUAUUCAGGUGGAUACAGAAACCCAAGAAGCCCACCCAGAGUAAGCUUCCAUUUAAGAAGGUUGAGGGGAAACAGCCAACAGCUUUACCAGAAAAUCCAGAAGAACAAAGGAAGAAGUUGGAGGAGGAGAGGCUGAAACGGCAAGAAGAAAUUAAAAGAAAACUAGAAGAAGCCAAACAAAAAAAGAAAGAAGAACGAGCAAAAGAGAAAGUAAAAAAGCAAGAAGAAAAACGAUUGUUAGCAGAAUUCCUCUCUGAAUGGAAGAAACCUCGUGAUGAUCUACAAUGUGAUGACAACCAGGAUCUUCCUGUUCCAACUUCUUUGGACUGUUGUAUACCACAGGAAUCCUUUGGGGAUGCUGUAAUGAUAUUAGAAUUUCUGAACAGCUUUGGGGAACUUCUAGAAAUGAAAGAUUUUUUUCCACAAGGGUUCACACUAGAACAUCUGGAAAAAGCUCUGCUAGAAACUGACAUAGAAGGGCCACUGAAUGAUCUGAUACAGAUGUUCCUGACAGCCAUCUUUAGGUUUCAGGAAGAGGAGGAAGAGGAAAGUGAUGAAGAUAGUGUAGAUAAUGCCAGUGUUAAGACAGGAGAACUUCAAGGAGAAGAAGACCUAACAUUUACAAAAGCUGUUCAAGCAGCUACAGUAGCUUCAGGCUGGCCACAGCUUUAUCAUGGAACCAGUCUCAAACAUAUGCCACUGGAUGCUUUCACCAUAACAGAAGUCCUACGCUUGCACUUGUUGAGCUCUGGUGCCCUGGGCAAAACAAGAAGGAAUCUCACUUCAAAAGAAGAUCCAGGAUUGUGGUUUCAUAUAGAAGAAGGAAACAUUUUGAAGAAGCUCUCAUGUGUCAGCAUUUUUGAACUGUCUACUGGAGAAAAAGUGAAGAUUCUAAAAGUGUUGGCUGAUCAAGUACUAACAUUUGAUGUGAUGAGAGAUGUGAUUGAAGAAAAUACAAUUAAGCUACGACAAGCAAAAAAUGAAUUAAAGCAGUUACAAUGGGCAUUUACUCGUAAGGAAAGAGAAGAGGCUUCAGCAAAGCACAAGAAGAAAUUGAUUGAGAAGGCAAAGAAAAAAGAAAGUUCCUGUAACCCAGCAGAAAAUGAUGUUCCUGAUUUAACACAGGAAGAAGGAGAAGAAGGUAAUAAAAAACAAGAAACUGAACCUAGUAUGACCCCAGAGGAGCUGGAGGAACAAGAGAAGAAAACAGCUAAAGAAGAGGCACGUCGACGAGAAGAAUUUCAAAGAAAAGAAAAGGAGCUGAUGUCGUUUAUUCAUCAAUUACAAGGAACUAGUAAUUUGAUUCACUUAGGUCGAGAUCGUGCAUAUAGAAGGUUUUGGUGUUUCAGUACCAUUCCAGGACUGUUUGUGGAAGAUAAUGACAUGCAUCUUGGGAUCUGCCAAGCUCAACCAACCCAGUAUAAUCCUCUAAUCUCUGAAGAGGAACUGUCUCUUUCUUUUAUGAAAAACUUUCUUCAAAGAAAAAAUGAUGAGAAGAGCACAAGCAGUGAUAAAGAAAACGAAGCUUCAGAAACACUUAAAAUUCAAUCAACUGAUGGUUUAGUAAAGACAAAUAAAUUAUUAGGGGAUUCUAAUUUAAGGGUAGGAAGUCCAAAAAAACAGCUCGCAAACUGUGAAGUGAGAACUUCUGACACAGAAGCAAAAAAAGUAAGUCUGCGGAAAGGUGCAAAUAAUGUGUUAUCUGAAUCAUUAAAUAUUGUCUCAGGUUCAGUGUUUGGUAUGUGUACUGCCUGUCCUGAUACUUGUUCAAUACAUAAUUUAAAUUUACCUCGAACUAUGUGGUCAUUUUACACAAAACCUGAAGACCUGGAUAUGUUAAUUACCAGUCUGAAUCCUCGUGGUUUUAGGGAAGGGGCUUUACGAGAAUCAUUAAAGACUGACAAAGUGAAGUUAGCUGAAUAUAUUAGUAAAUGUCCAAGUCACAAACUUAACAAAGACAUUUUACCUCCAACUCAACCAGAAGUUCGAAAGUCUUCAAGACUGCAGAGUAAUAAACCAUCACCUUAUGCAGAUAUGUUGCCAGAAGAUGCCUUAGAACUCACUUUGCGAGAUAUGCUUCUAGAGAUGGAAGAAAAACUAUUUGCUGGAAGUAUGGGCAGUAUUAAGGUGAAGGACAGAGAAGCUUGGAAAACAGCAAUUGAGCACAGGGGUUACGAUAUGCAGUGUGAUGGGUUAUAUUGGGGUUGUAAGAAAAAUAGAUUAAAAAAUGAAUAUUCAGAAACUCCGGGUAACUCUAGCAUGGAGGAUGAAAAAUUGUCACAGCGUUCAGCAUCUCCACCACCAACCUCAUUAUCUGUUAAGAAUCUCUCUUGUGCCUUGUUACAAAUAGCUCAAUCAAUAGAACCAAGAUACCUCCAGCCUCCACUAGGUGAAGAUGAAGAGUUUAAAAGAAUAAAGCAGAAAGCUUUAUCAGAAAUAUCACUAUGGAAAGCAAAACAGGAGAGAAGAGAUGGGGAAAAGAAUGGUGAUGAUGAUGAUGGUGAUGAUGAUGCUGGGCCACCAAUGAAGAUUCCCAAGUCACCCUUAGAACGAUGGGAAGAGUCCCUAAUGACCUCAACCAGCAUUCCUCAACUCUUUGUUCAUCUCUCUACAUUAGAAAGAAGUGUAGCAUGGUCAAGGUCAGUACUAAAAGCAUACUGUCGUAUCUGUAGACGCCGUAAAGAUCCAGAAUUGAUGCUCCUUUGCGAUGGAUGUGACAGAGGCCAUCACAUUUACUGUCUAAAACCAGUGUUAAAGGAAAUCCCUAGUGGAGACUGGUUUUGUCAAAACUGCAAACCAAAAGAGAAACCACCAACUCCGCGUAAGCCAAGAAAUUUUUUUGUUGAAGAGGAGGAGGAUGAAGACAGUGAUGUAUCUUCUCAUGAGUCUUCCAAAGAUUCUGAUGAAAGUGAUGAUAGUGAAGAGUCUAGUGAUGACAACAAUGAAGAUGUCUGUGGUGUGUGUCACAAGGGUGGAACUCUCAUUUGCUGUGACAACUGCCCUUUAGCCUAUCACUUAGAUUGUGUGGAUCCUCCACUGAAGAGAGUUCCUCGUGGAGCAUGGAGUUGUAUUAAAUGUGUUACCACUGGACCUCAGAACAAGAUUAAAAUGAAAGGAGCUUCCACUGGAUUCUACCAAACACGCUUCUAUCUCCACAAUGACCAGGAUACUAAAACUGGAAAGAAGACUCAAGUGGGUAGGCCCAGCAGAGCAAAAAGUUUGGAAAUAUCAAAGAAGAGAGGUAGCACAGAAACAUAUGGGAAAAAUGACAAACGUCGCAGUCUACAAUAUCCACCUACAUCACAGCAAACAAAGAAGUAUAAGACAAAAUCAUCUCUUCAGCAUGAGUCUAGAAAGAGAAAGUCUGAUGAUGAUGGUUGUUCUGGUCGUCGCAGCUUCAAUAGCAGAAGAAGUAGCGAGGAACUCCUGCUGAAUUAUAAAGCUUGUGAUGAGAUUUUGUCAGAACUGUGUCAUCAUCCGGAAAGCUGGCCCUUCCUCCGUCCAGUCAGUCGUAAAGAGGUGCCUGACUACCACACUAUUAUUAAAAAACCAAUGGAUCUUGGAACCAUUCGAACCAAACUGAAUGACAUGAAGUACCAUGUAAACAAAGAAUUUCUUGGCGAUGUAUGCCUGGUAUUUCAGAAUUGUGAACUUUACAAUCAUAGAAGCUCGGAGGCUUACCAGGCUGGCCUUAAACUCUCUGGAUUGUUUCAAUCCCUUUUAAAAAAAUAUUGUAUGGAAAAUUGCCGAGAAAACAACUUUAAGGAAGAAUCCAUUGCAAAGCGACCACGGAGGGAUUAGUAGGGUUUAAAAAACUUACAACGUGUACACUGUAAUCAGUUUCCAUUGUGAAUUAAUUAUCUUGACAUGUAUUAUUUUGAUGUAUUCAUUUUGUUAUUUUCCACAAGCGAUUCUGUAUUUAGGAAUUCAGGAAAUUUAGAAGUAACCUGUCUUUUCAUUUGUUUUCUUUCUGGAAAAUCUUGGUCAAAAUAUAGAUCUCUUCAUAUGUAUAAAAUUGCUAGUAUUAAGUUGCAAUUAGCAGUACAGUUCUAUGAUACUUAAAUUAAGCCAGGUGUCUUACAGUAAGUAGUUAGAGACAUAAAGCCUACCUGAAAUAUUUCACAUUCUAGUUUUUAAUCAGACUUGUUCAGUGGCAGAAGAAUUAGAUGUACUAUUUAAUUGGCCACAUCAGUUUGUCAUAUUAUCUUUGGACCAAUUGAUACAAAAAAAAAAUCCUCCAUUAUACUUUCUACUCGCACAAAUUAAAUAUCUGGAUGGUUCAUUUGAAUCAUAUUAUUUUUUAAAGAGAUUUUGUUCAUAAUACAGUAUUCUACUUUUUAAUCACUUCACAAAAUUUCAUACGUUACUUUUGUAAUAUUAUGAAGAUUGUUGUGAAUUCAUAAAAUUUUGUACAGUCAUCAGUUUUAAUGCUGUAACUUUAAUUUCAAAGAAUUUGUAACAGGAUUGUAAUAUAAGCUGUUUAAAUCGCCAGAAUUUGUCAUGAACUGUGAAAGUAUCAAAAAUUGUGUAGUGUGUGAUUAAUCCUCUUUCCAAUAAAUCUUUCAUUAGUCAAA